AUGUCAUAUACCAAAAAACGUGCAUAUGUACAGUCUACAUCUGCACAGUCUGUAUGCUGCAAGUUCUGCAAUGGAUCUUUCUCUGCUCAUGGCAUCAAGUCACAUGAGGGGAGCUGUUCACGGAAGCAGGACAAGAAACAAUUUGACAAGGAGUUUGCUGACAUUGCGGCUCAGGUGGUCAAGGCCCAAAGGAAAGGAUCUGAAUCGACAACGCCACUUCAAGAAGCAUCAAAAUCAAACGGCCCAAACUGGACCUUUGCAAUCUGCGGAUCAGACUCAGAUACAAGCAUGUUGACGAGCAGGACUGCUGCUGCUGCUGCGGUCCCUAUUGCUUGUGACACCUUUCAAACUGAAUACCACUCAAACAGUGGGCGCGCCCCAUGUAUCAAGACCUUCUCUACCUUUGGACACUCCCUUGAAGCAGAUUCAGAUGCUAGCCCCCUGCCCAUUGUCGAUGACGAACUGUGGCAACCUUUCAUGUGCCGCGCAGAUUUCGAGUUUGCAGAACUCGCACACCAAGCGGCGCUCAAUAAGGACCAAACUAACAAGAUGCUGCAGUUGAUAUGGCAGAUCGUCGAGGGUCACACAAAGUUUACAUUCAGAUCUCACGCUGAAGUGUCCAAAGCCUGGGAUCAAGCUGCUACUCAAAUGACACCUUUUCAGAAGCAUGUCAUCUCUGUCCCAUACAAGAAAGAGGAACUCGAAUUCGAUGUACAUACACGGCCACUAUGGGAUUGGGCUAUGGACUUGUUGGAAGAUCCGUUAUUGGCACCACACUUCAUUUGGGAUGCACAACAUUUAUACAAACAUGAUAGUACUGAUUUCAAACUGUUCAUUCACGAGCCUUGGACUGCAGAUCGCUGGUGGCGAAUUCAAUCAUCGUUGCCGGACAAUGGUGUCCUGUUUGCUCUCAUCCUCUAUGCCGACAAAACCCAUCUCACCUCGUCUGGACAUGUGAAGGCAUACCCGGUAAUAGCUCGUUGUGCAAAUCUUCCCGUUCACAUAAGAAAUGGUGAUGGGAUCGGAGGAGGUCGCGUGGUUGGCUGGCUACCAAUUGUUCCUACAGAUUCGAAUGAGGAUGGCAAGCUCAGCUACACAAAUCUCAAACAUGUCGUUUGGCACAAGGCUUUUAUCAAGUUGUUGGAGUCUAUCAUCCUGUACUCCAAAACAGGUUUUGCGCACAAAUGCUUUGAUGGCAUCAUGCGGUGGAUAUACCCACUAAUUUUACUGUUGUCCGCAGACUAUGAAGAACAAUGCAUGAUGGCACUAGAUGCAAAAGCUUUCUUAGAGUUGUAUUUGAGGGAUUGUGUUGCUGGAGAAGUAGUAUUGAAGGAACACAGUUUGCGUCCUAUUGUGAAUGCAUUCUGGGAAGUCGAGAACUCCAAUCCUCAUGAGACACUCUCAUUCGAUCCCUUACAUGUCAAUGACAUUGGUAACUGGGGCACCCACCUUUUCAAGGAGCUCAAAAUACGCGCGAAGGCUCUUGGUCGUGAGGCUGAGGCAACAAUUGAUGGACAGUUCAAUAUGUUUCCACGAUGGCGUGACUUGAACCAUUUCAAGUCCGUUAUGAAGAUAUCGUUUAGCGACGGCAACAAACUUAGAGAUAUUGCCAAGCAAAUGCUGUAUGCAGCACAAAGUGUAUUGAUGCGCAAUGAAGAUCCUGUUGGCUAUACACUGUUGCAGUGUAUAGCUAGCUACCUGCAACUGACCAUGUACAUAGCGCUUGAUGUGCAUACUGAAGCCACACUUGCUGCUGGAGAGGCAGAGCUCGUAGUAUUUGAAACACGCUUACAUGCAUAUAUUGACAUCCAGGGCGAAGAUUUGACGAAGAACUGGAAUUUUCCCAAGGUGCACGCUCUGACACAUGCUUUCUCUGAUAUUCGUGCGAAAGGAGCAGCACGCAACUUCACAUACUUACAUCAAACAAAUCGUAAGGAUGUUGCCAAUCAGGUCCUGAAGCUUGAUCAUAUCAGCCUGGUUUCUGAAUUGGUCCGCAGUCGGAUUCUCCACUUCGAUGAAGAUCAGCAGAAACGCAUAAUGUCACAGAGAGAACUCGAGGAUGAGGAUACAUUAGAUGAUCAACCAUUUGCGGGUCAUCUCUACAUCGGCACCCCUCAAGUCCCUGUCAGUCUCGCCGCAGUGGAGGAAGGCAACACAUCAAAUCGUGCAUUUCAGGAUUUUCGAAAGAAGUUUGCGAAGUUCCUCAACAAUUUCGUUGUUUCAAACAACAUCCCUUUGGCCGAUGACAAGGAUGGGAACGACAAGAAUACCUUUGUCUGGAUACUGUUCAUGUUCAAGUUCGUGGUCGGCAAUCACACUUUUGAACUUGCAUUAGUCCUACCUAUGGAUGCUCCUACUGGUUCAAGACGCAGCGUGGAUCGUGAUCUGGGGCUAACUCGUCUUCAGGCAUGGCCUCCAGCUUCAUCGGAAUUCAUUUCCCUGCAAUCUAUCAUUCGUGGUGCAUUACUCGUGCCAGAUCCUGACCACAAUGGUGACUUCUUCCUCGUCGAUCUUGUGGACACAGACAUGUUCCUCCGUGCCAAAACUUUGAGGUCCUCCUAG